AUGAAGAUACUUGAAGCUAGGGUUGGUGCUCUUACGAAUUUUGAGGUGCUUGAUCUAUUGAGGUCAAGAGGGGCUGGUACAGAUUUCUCUCGUGUUGUUGCAUCCAUUGCACCAUCGGAAUACAAGGUUUUUGAUUAUUUGGAGCAGGGUACCGCCUGCAACCAAACAAGGGAUAUCAUUAAUGGAUUUUUUGAUGAUUGCAAAAGGUUUGACUUAGCUAAGGCCGAGAUUCUUAACAUUGCCAACUUGAGGCCAGCAUCUCCGGUUGAGGUUUACCCGGUCAUAGAGGAUUGUGAGUCGCGGAUGGAAGACAAAAUAGACGAGCUUGUGGAGACCAUUGCGCGGAUUUUGCCGCCUCAUCCUUCACAGAGAGAAGAGCCUGACCAGGAAAGUGUGGAGAACGAUGAAGAAACUGGAAAUAAACAGUCCAGCGGCCCCAGCCAGUCGCAUAAAGUUCAAUAUAGAAAGCUAGGGUUCAGAACAAAUUCGCGAUCAGUUCUCUCAAGCUCUUCAAUUCAGCCGCUCAGGGUUCAGGUGCUGGAUGAUACAAUGGCGGAGAUAAAGUCAUCCGGGAGACCGAUUGAUCAAUUGCUGGAGAAGGUCUUGUGCAUGAAUAUACUUUCUUCUGAUUACUUUCGAGACCUCUUGAGGUUGAAAACGUACCAUGAAGUGAUUGAUGAGAUUUAUGUCACUGUCACGCAUGUGGAGCCAUGGAUGACUGGUAACUGCCGGGGACCGUCAACUGCAUUCUGCCUUCUGUACAAAUUCUUCACCAUGAAGCUCACGGUGAAACAGAUGCAUGGCCUGUUGAAGCACCAAGAUUCCCCUUACAUAAGAGCAAUUGGUUUUCUCUACUUGAGGUACGUUGCAGAUCCAAAGACAUUAUGGAGUUGGUACGAACCAUACCUGAAAGAUGACGAGGAAUUUUCCCCUGGUUCGAAUGGCCGAAUGACUACAAUGGGUGUCUACGUGCGUGAUUUGCUUCUCGGACAGUAUUACUUCGACACACUCUUCCCGCGCAUUCCUGUGCCCGUCAUGCGAACAAUAGUCUCCAACCUCGAAAGCAUGAAGCUCCCCACCAAACACUGCGGGGUCACAGGCGAGACGACCCGCGGGUCGGAGGAGACAGCUCGUCGGCCCCCUUCUGUCAAGGCCGCCCUUUCCGUCUCGUUCGGGCAGCGGGCUCCCCACCGCGCUUCCACCCGUGACUCAUCUCCUGUCAGGCGCCACAGAAGCCAGAGUCGAGAUUUAUCUGACCGGGAAUACGAAAGAGAGAGGGGCCGGGACAGGGAUCGCGAGAGAGAAAGGGACAGAGAUCGAGAACGAGAACGAGAUCGUGAGAGGGAUAGGAGGUAUGAUUAUGAUAGGAGGUCCCGGGAUAGGCACGGGAGGGAUUAUUAUGACCGGAGGGACCGUGAGGACCGUUAUCGCCGGAGCAGAAGCCGGAGUCGAAGCCGGAGCCGGAGCAUAUAUGAAAGGGGCGAACGUGACCAAAGCCGUUCGAGUCCGUCUAGGAAUGGGGAUAAGGAUAGGACAUCUGCUGCUAGUAAUCUUGCCAAGCUUAAGGAUUUAUACGGAGACUUGAGUGGGCAAAAGGAGGAUUCGGGCAAGGACAAGGGCACAAAUCAACCGGGUGGUACGGAGGAGGUGAUAAGGCUAGGCGGCUCGACUUGGAGGUAG